GCCUCUUCUUCUUCUUCCCCAUUGUUUUCUUCCUGUGUGGCCAUCUCACAACACACAUUCGCUAGGGAAUGAAAAUUGAACUUCCAAACUUUUAUCUACACAUAUCGCUCCUUACUUAAUUUUCUUGGAGUUCUCAAAUCAUGGGGGACCAAAUUUUACAAGAGCUAGAAGGUGCUGCCCAAGUGAUGUUGGCACCUCCCAACAUUGUGACUUCAGAACAGCGACAUGCUGCAGAAGCAGUCUUUAUGAAGUUUCGUAAAACAAAAUCACCUUAUGAGUUAUGCAAACACAUUCUCCAAACUAGCAAAGUUGAUUAUGUUCUCUUUGAGGCUGCUGGACUCAUCAAAGAAGCUGUUAUUCGUGAGUGGACUCUGCUCACAGACGAGGAAAUCAAAUCACUUCAACAGUACCUGUUGAGUUAUGUUGUAGAAAAAUCAACUCUUGCUACCUUUGUUCGAGAACGAAUCUUGCAGGUCAUAGCCAUUAUGGUAAAAAGACAAAGGCGGGAAGAGUUUGGAAUAGAGCGAUCCAAGUUACUGGAUGAAAUUGAGAUGCUUGUGAUGAGUGGUGACCUUCCUCGACAAGUUCUUGGCUGCAGUUUAAUGUCAGCCAUCAUGCAGGAACAUGCCAUAACAGUGAAAUCUGCAGAUAUAGGACUAAGAUAUGAAGACCAUUACAAAGUUAAAAAAAAUUUUGAGUCUACUGACUUGAAACGUAUAUUUGAGUUUUGUCUUCGUGCUACUACUGAGUUAAUCAAAGCAGAAAAGCCCUUUAAUUCAACAGUUUUGGUUCUCAUGAAACAUUUGCUGUCCAUCUUGGAGGGUGUCCUUACCUGGCAAUUUACCACUCGGCGACCGCUUUUCAAGAGUCUUGCUGGAUUAGUUGAAGUACGAUAUGAACUUGGGGAUAACCCUUCCUUGUGUCCAAGGUGUCCUAAGUGGAAAAACGUUCUUUUUCAACCAAAUAUUUUCUUUGAAAUUUAUUGGAAUGUACGUGACAACCCUCAAUUGGCGCAUCAUGCUCUGACUUGCUUGGUCCAGUUAGCCUCAUUGCAUGGCCCUUUAAUGGCAUCCAAGUCCGAUGAAAUAGCAUAUCUAACUGCCUACAUUCAAUGCUUCCUUAAUCUUGUAUCAAGUGUUGAAAUAUUAGACAGGGAGGCCCUCGGUAUCUCUAACAUGGUACGGAAAUUGUGGCUUUGUGCAUCUCCGUCUUGGCUCACUGACAUCAACCAAGAGCUUCUUGUCAACUUUCUGCAACAAUUUACUCGACUAACAUGCCUCUUUGGAGAAGGAGCUGCCCAUGAAGAAUCUAUGAACGUUGAGGACACUUUGUACAUGGAGGCAUUUGAAAACUUACUUAGUGUCUGUGUUGGUAUUGUUCGAAAAGCAAGUGUCUUCCCCCCAGAUUUCUGCAUUCAGAUCUUUAAUACUUAUCUGAAGUGCCAUUUAUCACCCCCUGAUGGCACAAGGGGAAUGGGCCAGGAGUUGGAGGCUGAAGAAAUUGAUGAAAUAGAAGAGGAUGACCAAACUAAGUUCAAAGACCAGUUACAAUCUGUUGGGGCUCUUGGUAGACAAGUGCUUAGCCAUUCCUUGCCCCUUCUUUGCAAACUAUUAGAGGAGAGAACAGGCCGUUUGCAUGGGCAACUACAGCGCAUGAGCCAGCAAGCUAUGCAUAUCAGUGAUUCUAAUAUUUUAAACAAUUUGAGUGAAGACAUUCACUGGCUAGUCCUUAUAUCAGGUAAUGUCAUGACUUGGGACAGUGAAGGGGAGACACCACAAAUUCCAAGUGAAAUCAUUAAACACAGCAUAUCACAAGCAAGCUCUAUAAACAUGGAUACGACCAUGAAGGUUCUUGCCUCUCCUGAUCACCAUAUUCUUGAUAUCCCUGGAGCUGAGCAAAGUUCAGAUCACAUAAUCAGGCUCAUUGCAGCCCUCUUCCGGCUUUGUGAAGUAGAGAGAAAAGCUGCAGAAGCUAAAUUGGGACAUUUUCUUAGUCCUGAAGUUGGCAGAUCUCUUAUGUGGUGCUUAGAAAGAUGGUGUGGCUGUUACCUUCUGCCGGUGGAAACUUAUUACUCUGAGAUGAGUAUGGCAAUUAUGACUGCUUUUGGUGCUGACACUGAAGGAGUAGCGUGGACAGUAAACUUUCUCCUUAGAAAAAUUGAGUCCAAUUUGAAAUUCUUCAAUUCAGAGCCUGAACUUGUUAAGGAAACUGUGGCAAUGUUCAGAGCCAUGGUUUGCACCAAAGAAAAAGCUGGAUGUGUAUUGAAAACAGAGGGAAUCCUGAACAUAGUACAUCUUCAAGACAAUCUACCUCAAGGAACACUCCCUCAAGAAGCAAAACGUGGAUUGUAUUCUGCUUUGGUUCUGGCCGCUGCGGGGUUACCUGUGAAUAACAGGGCUGAAUACUGGGCACAGAUCCUUAAACCAAUUCAAGACAGGUUUAAGAGUAUUGUGUGCCAUGAGUACUUUGCAAGAAAUUAUCAUGAAGAAGGAGUCAAAUCAACUAUUAUGGAAAUUCUCGAUCACUUUAUUGGUGUUGCUCAAGGAACAUUGGUCAGUACAGCUGAAGCAGUUUUCCAGUAUCUUGCACCAGUGUUGUCUGAAUUCUCAACACUCAUAGGCCUCUAUCACAACUAUCAAAAUGUUGUUGAACUGAUUCUGGAGUUGCAUGUAGAGUCUGCUGGAAGAAUAUUGAGUGUCUUAAAUCAGGAGGAAAGCAGGAAAAUGUACACUGCUUGCCUACAAACUAUUCAGACUUAUGCACAGUGGAAUACCAACAGACUAUCUUUGGCAAAAGCAUCUGAAGAAGAAACUUUUAGAGACAUUUUCUUGCUUUUGAAAUUGCUCAUAAACUUGCUGUCCAAGGACUACCUCGAUCUUUGCACUUCUCCUUCUCCAGAAGGACAGCAGCCUGGUGUGUCUCCAUCUGAUGUUGUGAUUUAUGGACUCAAUAUCAUCAUGCCACUUAUGACUGGUGAUUUGUUGAAGUACCCCACACUUUGCACCCAAUACUAUGAAACCAUCAUGUACAUUGUAGAGAUGAUACCAGAUAAGGUUUGUUCCCUGCCAUCUGACCUACUCAAGAGAAUGCUGGGCUCUGUUGAGGUGGGCCUGGUGGCCUUUGGACAGGAAGUAAUGCAGUUAUGCUGCAGCUUCUUGCAUAGUUUUGGCACAAGUGUCUUACAGAAUGUAUCAAAAGGAAGUGAAGUUUACUUGGCUUUCCAACCUUUUCUCAAUAUAUUUUUAACAUUAAUACUGUCUGACCAAGUACCCCAAGAUGUUCAAUCAGCUGUGGGUUCUACUUUCUUUGUCCUUAUUUGUUGCUUUCCGGAUGAUUACAAACAUGCUGUUCAAACUAUCCUACAUAACCAACCGGACCCUGUGGUGGCAGAAAGAUUAGCUACAGCCUUCACAAACCUUACCGAAUCUAUUGAACUAGAUAAUCGCGCAGAACUGCGAGGAAAUCGAUAUCUUUUCAGAGACAACUUUGAAAAGUUCUGUUGGAAUAUUCACGGUUUUCUCAACAUUAAGUAAGACUGUCAAUGAAAUCAUCCACUCUCUUCAAUUUUGGCUGUGUCUGUCCCUUAUUUGUCAAUGAGGCCAAAGUUAGCACUGAGCUGAUGUAAAUUAUUCAGGAGGUUACUGCAAGACUGAUUGGCUUCUUUUUGAAGUUCACUGUUAUUUUUUAAGCAUGUAUAUUUGUACAUACUCUCAAGCUUUGUAAGUUUAAGUGCCUUUACGUUUCUGAUUAAUGUAUGUUAGGAGGCGGUUUUUGUUUUGGUCUCAAUUUUCUGCAUUCACUGCACUUAAUAGACCUGGUCUGAUACAUCAAAACAACGAUGCUAGUUGUUGAAAAAUCUGUUUACAUGGUUGUUCUGUCUAGAAAAUGAUGUUUUAUUGCAUACAAUCAAUCAUUUAAUGUGCCCAUUUGUUAUUUAAUUUCUAUCAUUGGUUGAGUGUGUGGUCUGUACUGACAUGUGCAUAUGCUAAGUAAACAUGUUUUGUUGUUGAGAAUUCUUAAAGUGUUACUAAUAAUGUGAUCAUAGAUAUGAAUGUUUUUCUGGUUAUUUUUUACUCACUUACAUCUUACUUGCGGAUUUUGUUUCUGACUAACUGAGUGGAUUUUAAUUUGGAGUGUGAAAAAACAAUUGAAUAUUAAGUGCUCUUUAUUUAUUGAACUUUUUGUCUCUCAGGUUUACUUGUAAGUACUGUAUAUGUAGUUCAAACAUUAUUUAUUAGACAAGACAUAACUUACUGAGAUGGUUUCAAUUGCAUUUGAGUAUUAUUGUUAAAGGACACACUGUAUGUACAUCAGUAGAAUUUCUAGAAAACCACUGGUACUUUCUUUUCACAGCCACUGUUCAUUUGCUUUGUGGCAUUGCCACUUAUGUUGUAUUUUUAUCUUUUAGGAGUGUUAUUUUGAAAAUGUCAAUCGAUAUGUCUCUUACUCAUGCUUAUAGCAUUAUUCCACCACUGUGAAAGGCUUUUGUGUAAAUGAGAAUUGUAUCACUUUUUAUGUCACUAAAGCUGUCUUCUGAUUUACCUACAUUGGUGCCGACUGGUGGGUUGUGUCUAUGAAAAUGCCUUUUUCUGGUAUCAUGCAUGCCUUUUUUGCAAUGGUUCCAGAUGACUGCAGCGCCUAUGGUUUCUCGUGACAUAAGGCUAUUUUAUAUUCUUGUACCUAUCAUAUAAAGGUUGUAAACUUCAUGUUUUAAUGUAGGAGAAUCAAUCUUUCAUAUCUGACUGAAAUAGGACAGUUGGAGCUGGUCUUUAAGGUCAUUAUCACAAUCUAUUCAUGAUACUUUUUAAAAAUAUUUAGUAUAUAUUAUUCAAAACUUGCACAAGAAUCAUUAAUUGCCUGAUUUCAACUUUCUUCUUGUUCCUUGUAAUUUGAAUGAUCCAAAAUUUUCUUGUACUUUUGCUCACACUUAAAUGUUAUUGAAGUCACUUAUCAAAUUGCUUUUGAUGGUUGCCAUUAAUGGCUUCAUAGCUUCCAUGAAAGGGCUGCACUUUUUCCUCCCAAUACUCCUUUAAAAUAAGAUUACCAAAAUACAAAACAAAAAUAUUCUGUUGUAUUUUGUACCUGCUUGUGAAGUUGUUUCAAAACUGACUUGAAAUUAAAGUGCUUGCUCAAGUGUCAUUAUCA